UCAUGCACAAACAUGAGGAGCUGAAGUGGGUGAUGUGUCGGCUGCAGUAUCCACAGGCUGCCUGCUGUGGUUAUGAGGCGGUCUGAAAGAGUCUGGAGUCAAAUUCCUGAACACGUAGGAGCUCCUCACGUUGAUCCAACACGACGACGCACGACGCAGGGGCGCAACGAAUAACGGACUGCUGAUCAACACAUCGAUGACACACAGAUUUAUCCCGGCUAUUACUUCUGCCAUCACAGCAACACUGAAGGAUGUUUUUUUUUUUUUCUUCCGGACUUUUCUUCUCCCACCAGGAACAUGACAUGAACACAAGCUUUGCUCUCCACACCGUCUGUUCAUGCGCAACUGGACCCACUUGUUUGCCGCAGAGGAGAAAUGUAAGAAUCUGAAGUACAGGCAUCAAUACUUGUGUCAGGAAAUGUUUAUUAUGGACAAAGGAGCGCGUGUAGAAAGCCGGUUUCACACGUUAGUCUGACGCGCGGUGGAAAAAUAACAGUCUGUGUUCACUUUUCCACAACGGAAAUGAGAUCAGUCCCACUGCCUGGCUCCACUUCUUCUAAAACAUGGUCGAUAUAACUCCAUGAAGACCCGGGAUCUGACACUACUUGAUUUGUGGACACUGGCAGCUUGUUGUUAAUGGAAAGAUGUUUGCUGGACUGAUGGGGCUGGAAUGUCACAGCAACUCUCUGCUUCACCACUGCGAAGCCAUGGAAGGUGGUGGCAGAGCAUCAGGGACAGCUGGCAGCUCCGGUCGUAAGAGGCUCCACAGAAGACCAGGGUACAUGAGAGGAGAGCAGUCCAGACUACAGAGCACUACCCAUGGGCAAGAGGAGGAGGAGGAAGACGAGGAGGAGGAGGAGGGGAGAACCACUUGCAUAAGAAAUGGAAAGUCUGGACGUCACACUGACAUCACUGAAGCAACCAGCGCUCAGAGGAUGAGUUUAACGCCUGCUGUCAAACUAUCCCUGAUAACUCAGCAACAGCCUGACAAACUCGCAUGUAGCUCUUGGAAGAGUAAGACUUUUCUCUGCUCUGUUACCCGUCCUCUUACCCCUGUGGACUGCAACCCCAUUAAUGGUGCAUCCAGCCACUAUGGUCCGUCCUCUCCACCACAGAAAGAACUUAUCUUAAGCCCAAGCCAGUCCUCACCACAGGACUCUUUUAACUCAAGUUUCAGUUUCAUCCAGCAGUCUCUCAACUCCAUCCAAAGGACAGACACAACCACUGUCCCACCAUCCCGAGAACCAGAACCACUGAAUCAGUUGACUAAAGCACAUAGUUUGCCUCAAACAAAACCAGCAACCUUGUCCAUUGAGCACAGUAUCUCAAAGCAUUCAACUCCUGCCCAGACACUGCCCUCAUCUGCCCCAGGCAGCCAGGCGGACAGAGAGGAGCUGCCAUUAGGUGGGAGGUUUUGGCGGGAAUGUUUGUGGGGUGGCAGGGAGGUCACGUCGGACCUGCCUGACUCUGACUCUGUGGAUAUAGAGAUCACAUCCUCACUGUCUGUGGACUCAGACACCGCCUCCGCCUCUUCCGUCACCUCCGGCUACGAGAGUGCAACGCCUGCCUCCGAACACGGCUGGGACAGCCUAGUGAAGAAGUACGAGGGCGUGCUGCAGGACUGCCUCCAAAACAACCGCACUCACACGAAGAUUGAGUCCAUGAUGUUGAAGCUGCAGAGACUCCAGCAGAAAGCCAUUUUGGAUGACGACUAUGACGCAGCUGAGCGUUUUGGUAAAAAGUUGGAGGAGCUGUGCAGGGAGCGUGGUGCACUGAAGCUGGGUUUACCCUCCAGACAGCCCAGCGUGGCUCUGUUCCUCGAGCAGCUCAGUCAGGUGGUGCACAGUGCCCUCCAGAGGGCGGACUGCGGUCAGUGCAGGGAGUGUGUUGAGCCCGAUGCAGGGGAGCGGUGCGACUCAUUGCAGGGUCCACUGCAUCGAAGAGAUCGUCUGAUUCAAGAGAAGCGGCUGGUGGAGGAGGAGAUAGGAGAGCUUCAGCAGAGGCUGAUGGAGUUGAAGGACCGCAGUCGUUGCUUGGAGCAGCAGAUCCAGCAGGAGGAGCAGCAGGUGGAGGCUGAGGAGCUGGAGGGCUCUGUUCUGCGGAGCUGCACCGUGGCCCAGCUCCGGGACAUGAGCCGAACCUUGCAGGACCUCGUCACCUCUGAAAACCGCACGCAGAUCUCCAUCUCUUCUCCGCCCUCCAUGCUGAGACUCCAGGAACAGGAGCAGGCGUUGAACCUGUCCAUCAAGGAAGCAACUACUAAAGUGGUCAUGAGUCAGAGGCUGGGCAGCAGCCUGAGGAGGAAAGUCAGCGAGACUGAGACCCAGCUUUUAGCACUGCAUGAGGCCAAGCUGGCAGCCAUCUCAGGUAAUGACUUCAGCAGUGCCAAGGAGCUGAAGGCAGAGAUGAAGGCGGUGUACCUGGAGCGGGACCGGCUGGAGGCUUUGGCCAAGAGGCUGAACAGUCUCAGCUCGGGGAGCAGCCAGGAGCUGGCCAGGAUGAAGGAGCAGCGGCAGCAGCUCAGGCAGGAGCUGGAGCAGAAGGAGGCUCAGCACGAAAGCUGUCUGAAGGAGAACACUACAAAGUAUGUCAAGUUAUUGGAGGACAGAUUGCACAGCUGUGGCUGUCCAGGCCUGGAGCGGAUCUGGGAAGCCGACCUGGAAGCAUGUCACCUAUUCCUGCGGGGCCUCCAGUUACGGACUCCCAGCUGCAGUGGAACCGACAUCGAAGACCUCCCCACUGCAAUGGCUUAUCUUCCAACACAGCCGUGCACCAAAGAAGAAGAAGACUGUGCUAUGCUGACUGCGUUAGGAGGGCGCUGGUGUCCUGAGGCAAACUUACAGAACUCAGAGUUCACUAAGAAAUUGGAGGAGUUUUUGUUCUGCAUGGAGGAAAAUCACCCGGAGGACGGGUGCAGCGAGGCUGAGGCUGCAGACCUGACGGAGCGCUGCGAGCUGAUCAGUGACAGACUAAUGACCUUGGAAGAUGAAUUACAGACGGCUAUACUGAACCGGGAUCAGGCCCUCACUCAGUCAUUAGAAAAGGAGGUCCAGGAAGUAAAAGCCACUUUACAAACCAUGCUCGCACAGCUCAAAGAGGAGGACGAAGAGGAAGAGGAAGCAAGUGAGUUACAAGAUGAUGACCUCAUGAAAAAUGAGACUGAGGAAGAAGAAGAAGAAGAAGAAGAGGAAGAGGAGGAAGAUGAGGACCAAUACUUCAGUGACAGCUGGGGUAUUUGAAAUGGAUGUUUGUAGUGCUUCAUGUCCACUCACACACAGACCGGCUCUCUGAGAGCCUGACCUCAGCUUUGCAGUAGGAAUGACCCCGUAUCCAUUCACUGUAAAGCUAUACUCAAAGGGCUUGACAACCAGCCUCUGUGGUACUGCUGAAGGUUUCCAAUACCGGAGCCUUAGAAAGUCUGUGUAUGAUUUCAUCCAACUUCAAAUGAAAAAAAAAAAACAUGAACGAUUUUGAUAUAAAUGCAAAAUAUAAGACACUUUAAUGCAAAUUGUAGAAGUUCCUCAAAUCUUGCCAGCCUAAGUUUAACCAGGUAAUGAGUGCCUUAGACCACUGAGCCGACAUUGAUUAUUUUUCCAAUCAAGAUGUUUUUGGAUGCAGGUUUUCAUGUCAUGUCUUAGCUGAGCUGAGCUGUAAGCACUAAACUGUAAAAAUACCACAAUUUUAGGUGAUUAUUUGGUUAAUGAAGAGGUUUCACUAGCCAAGUUUCAGAAGUUAGGAAUGUUCAGCCUUAACGCGAGACUGUGUAACUUUUGCUGAACAACACACCAAGAGUGAGUUGGUUGAUGACUAAAGUGUUAAAAUAACGGAACAGUGAUACAAGAAGAGAAGAGUCAUACAGUGAGUGAACUAACUCAGUUAUACACAGUAAUAUGUAUACAGUGUUUGCUAGUAUUAGUUAACAUUAGCCACCAUAAGUUACAGUAAAGCUGUGUCACCAAAAUCUGCGUCAGCUGUAUCGAAUUGAUGGUGAAGGGUGUUACAAUGUGAUAGAUCUUCUUUCAAAAUUUACAGUCUCGCUUUAUGAUUCAGUGACACGAAACAUAAAAACAUCCAGCCUGAAACCAAACCACAAAAAAGAAAAAUCACCAAUCGCUCACCACAACCACCUGUUUGAAUUAUCACCAGGACCAAGUGGACAAUCUAGACGUCUUUUACUGGUAACAGUCUUGCACAUAAACUAAAACGUAUGUUUCAUUUUUAAGUCAGAUGGCCACUUCUGUGUGUGUAUUUUUGUACGAUUGGACUUAUAUUAAAUGUAAUUCUGUCCAUGAAAUAACUCAUUUGUGGUGCUACAGAAUGUGAGCUAACUUGAACACUUUAUUUUCUGUGUGUGGAAUAUGCACUUGUAAAGUUUUUUGUUUUUUUCCCCUCCCUGUCUUAAAGCAGCAUAUGCUUGUAGAGAUGCUCUGUACUUUACAAUACAUGUGUCACAAUAGUAAAAUUGUGUCUUGUGCAUGUCAGGAAUAUUGAAGUAUAUAAUAUCCGUGGAAGUGUUUGCAACUGCUGUUUAAAAAUCUGCCACUGAU